GUCACACAUACACACAGACACAGAGCCGGUGAGCAGAGCAGCCGGCACAACGUGAGGUUUCUUCACUUCCAGCGGUUGCGUACGACGAGGCGGAGGCAACAUGGAAGUGAAGGAUGCGAACGCGGCACUGCUCAGUAACUACGAGGUGUUCCAGUUACUAACGGAUCUCAAAGAGCAGCGGAAGGAAAGCGGGAAGAACAAACAUAGUGCUGGACAGCAGAACUUGAACGCCAUCACCUACGAGACAUUAAAAUACAUAUCAAAAACACCAUGUAGAAACCAGAGUCCGGCGAUUGUCCAAGAAUUCCUCACAGCAAUGAAAAGCCACAAGCUGACCAAAGCUGAGAAGCUUCAGCUGCUGAAUCACAGGCCAAUGACCGCGGUUGAGAUCCAGCUGAUGGUGGAAGAGAGCGAAGAGCGGCUCACAGAGGAACAGAUUGAAGCCCUCCUGCACACGGUCACUAGCAUCCUGCCUGCGGGUCCAGAGGACGAACAGAGCAAAAGCACUAGCAAUGACGUGGCAAUGGAGGAGGAGGAGCCAGCAUAGACACACUCAGCUGGCUGGGUUGUUCCUGAAGCUCAAUGCCACAGCAGCCGUUUCCUGGAUGUUCAGAGAACUGUUUAUUUGGGCUGACCCCCUCAAUAUGUCUGAUCUCAGGAUUGGUUGGGGGAAAAAAAUCACAAAAAUAAGAUGAAAAGAAAUCUUUGUGCCUUGGGGUCAAGAAACAUGGGGUCAGAGCAGGGCAGAGGGCGUAAGGUGGGGGAGCAUGGCGGGGCAGCCCUCUGGGGUAGAAAGGCUCGUGUGGCCUUCGCCACACUGGUACACAGUGGGGAGCUACUCAGGCACUUUGAUGACUGUGUUGUAGGCAAUGUUAGGCACUGCUGGGUAGAAUGGAGCUGAGGGAACAGAUUCAGACGGUCACCAGCUCCCAGAGCUGCACACAGCUGCUCCAGGGGAAAUGACCCAGGGCUUAGCUCACUGCAGAGGAACGUCCUCUGCAGAACAGGAGGCAAGAAAAGGAGGUAAAACUCCAGUCUGAGCCCAGCCUGGUGUACACGGUAAGGAACACACAUGUGAACACACCUAACAUGCAUGUAUACGUGCCACACACAUACAAAGAAAUUAGUCCAUUUUCUGUGGCAAACCCCAAAACUAUAGCCUGGGUGAGUGACAAGGAAAAGAGGCCUAUUUUUGACUCUUGGUUCUGGUUCAAGGUCAAAGAGCAUCUGGGUAUGGCCCGCUUGUUGCCAGAGUGCUCAGGUAGCAUAGGCUAGCCCAUUACAAACAUGAGAAGCAUUGUUUGUUUUCAGAGUCUCUUGCAGCCGGCAUUGACCUUGAACUCAUUCUGUAGUCCAGGCUGUCUGUAGUCAUCAGACAUUUAUGAUGCUUCUGCCUCAGCCUCCUGAAUGCUGGGAUUCAAAGUGUGUGCCACUCACUUAGGAAGUGAAGGCCAGCCUGGUCCACACAGCAAGUUCCAUGCCAGCCAGUGCCACACAGUGAGACCCUGUCUCAUAAAAACAAAAAUAAAAAACCAAAAAACA